AUGAAGGAAGAAGACGAGACCAAGGAGAAGAUUCAGCUCGUGAAUGAGCCCAAAUCUCCCAACGAAUCUAAAGAUCUUCAUUCAGAGAAGAGAAACGAAGAAGCUUCUGGGCCUUCUCGGCCGCCCCUCAAACCAGCCCUACCUAUCGCUUCGGGUGCAACAAAGUAUUCCAGUAUUUUCUUCAACGAAGGGUUAUUCAAUACCUUCCACAAAAAUUAUCCCAACAUCAUGAAUGCCCCAGAAGGAUCGAGUCCUCCGUUUCUUAGGUUCCACCUGAGUGAGCAGAGCAAGCAAUGGGCUCAACUCCUCACCGACUUUCAGCUCCCUCUGAUUGACCGACAGAUCAUGGAGUUUUACGUGCGCAGUUUCCAGCACGCAAGAGGAUCGACGGCGAGUUUGAUCCGAGCGUUGAUCACGCCAGCGCUGGUUCCACGCAUUCUGCACUCCCCCACGACCAGACCGGAAAUGAAGAAUCUUGUUCAGAGUUCAAAUCCGAGCAUCACCGGCUUUGAGAAAAGAGCGUUCCCUGAGGGACACAUGCAACUUCUGAGUGAGCAUUUCCACCAAUCCGGUCGGCUCGCAGCAUUGAGACCCUCUGCCGUCGUCUACUUCCCAUUCUUUCUAUGCGAAGUAGCUUCAAGCCACGAAAGCCUCCAUCUUGCCGAGCUCAGGAAUACCCGCAGCGCAGAUACAAUCAUACAGGCGCUCACGACAUUGUUCGACACUGCUGGUCAACUGGAAUUGUUAAACCGCAACAUAGUGGUUUUCUCGCUCGCCCACAAUGACACUAUUGCCAGGGUAAUUGGGCAUUACCCAGUUAUCGAGGGAGGUACAGUCCAUUACCGGGCAUAUCAUCUGAUAACUGAUGAUAUCUCAGUCGAAGCAGGCAAAUGCUAUCGAGUAAUUCGCCACUUCGUGGAGCGGUUGAAUCAAGAGUGGUCGCCGAGACUUUUGCUAUUGAUCCAGGGGGCCCUUGCGGCGGUUGCGAACUCCCGGGAUCACAGAGCUGAACAGUCACGUCCGGACAAUUAG